CUUCGAGACAAUUGCGAACUCUCGGGCAUAAUAGGUAGUUUGCAAAUGCAGUAUACUUAGUACACCUGUUCAAGAUAGCGAUAAUUAUUUUUUUCGUUUUGGAUUCCAGUCCUCGCAAGGGGCAAACCUGGUUCAACUUCGCAAAAAUGAGAUGGCUUCGAUUCGUGCUCUUGCCGUGAAUUCGGCGCCCGCCCGUCUCUCGAUUUUAUUACUGUGUCGCGACGGACUGUAGGGGGCUGCAGAAGGUCGACGGAUCAGUGGCCAUUCUUCGCGAUAGUUGCAACAAAAUGCCGCCAGCCGAAUCUCGUGCAGAAGAAAUUGGCACAGCGUCGUCUUCGCGACCCCAAUUUCCAGGCGCCAGCAGUAACAACACUGCAGUGCUGCACGGCUCGGCCGCGCAGAAUAGCGGGUCCAUUUUUCCAGGAAAUGAGCCGCAAAGGUCGAUCUUUAAUGCCAACGGACACGCCUUCAAAUGGACUCGCAGCGACAAUGAAAUUGACCGCGGACUAAUCAGUGGAAGCCAUGACGAGAUGGCGUGUGGUGGCAGCAUGUUUUCGGAUUGCGAGGAUUGCAGCAUCGACGAGGAGAAUAGCGAAGGCGACGUCGAACCCGCUCUGCGAAGCGUUGUGCGCUCUGCACCUGAUGGAGCUUCGGCACUGGCGAUGAACUUUCAGCAGAGAUUGUUACAUGCGGUCCGAGGACUAGACCAGGAACAGCGCCUGAAACCUGAAGAGCUACGCACUCACCUCGAACAUCUCGUAGCGAUAGCCGACUCGCGCGAGCUGCUGGUUAAUGACAAGCCUUUGUGGGAAGGGUUUGUUGCAUGUCAGACACGCGAGGGCGCAGCUGCGUUUCUGGCGAAGAACAAUCCGUAUUAUGUUUAUAUGUAGUGCACUGCAAGCAGUAAAAUAAUUUACCCUGAGUAUCGUUUUCCAACUUUUGUUCUAGGUGUUUAAAUUAAUAUGUAGUCGUAGUAGUAGUAGUAGUGAUUCCCAGCAAGGGGAGAGAGUAUGCGCAUGCUUUUGAUUUGUGGAGUGAUUCCCAGUAGUAUGCCAAAUAAUAUGCGCAUGAUUUUGAUUUUCACGCGUGGUUCAGAAUUUAUCACCUACUUUUUAACGCUGUGGCGCCACAUGAAUUUACGUUGCAUCUGACAGGUUUCGUAUCAGUUGGCGGCAAUUGGCAACAAUGCAAGGUUCUGCGCAGGACAAGGGGUUACAGGCAGGGCAAUCCGCAGCGAAGCGACAGCGAGUUAAUACCCCGAAGGCCCAGGGGCCAGCGAACAAGCAAGGAGCGCAAUCGUCACAGCCAAAAAGAUAUCCAAAUCAAAGACAUGUUCUCUAAAUCCAAUUUUCCAUCGACGAGCAGGCAUCGUGUCGAACAGUGGUGAAGGUAUUGUGCGUGCGUGCCGAGUAGAAGAUGAGGUCAGCAUGACAACCAAAAUGUUUCUGUAUCACGCUACAUCGGACACUGCGCAUGGGUGUUUGUGCAGCGCCUGCGCAGGUUUAUCUUUUGAUGUUACAACGCAAGAUGACACAUCUCUGACACUGCGAACAAACGCCGCAGACGGUCAUGUGCUGAUCUGCAAGGGCGGGAAGGACUGGGUGUAACAUGGUUUUUUUCAUUUGGAGAAAUACAUCAAGACAACAGCCAUUGCCCACGGGUCCGCCGUCGGAGCAGCCCAUCGCGGAAACGCAAAGGCGACGCACUCUAAGCAGGUGGCCAGCGGGACGAAUAGCACGAAGAAAAAAAAUGGUAAAAAUGAGAAGACAAUUUCGAGUAGCGGUAGCUUGGCGCAGCGAGUCCUAUCAAUUGCAAAUAUGUCUGGGUCUGGAAGAUUCCUCUGAGACUUGUCACGCAUGUUUUGCAUGAGCCCUCGUGAUGGGUGUGGUGCAUGCCCUGGCGUCACAGAUUUUUGAAGGCUUCUUGAUGCCUAUCCCGCAUGACAAAUGCCCCCUCCGCGUAACAACAAUUAGACUCAUUUUGCUGCCCAGGCAAUACCUCGGGUCCAAUCCCGCACUGAAGCUUGGCCUAGUCUUCCCGACAUCAUGCCUCGAGGCAUUGGUCGUGAAGGGGAUGACUAUGGGUCGAGGGGCAAAAAGGCUCAUGCAAUACAGAUAUUUUUUGAAUCCAAAUGCAGCGUCACAAGUUGCAUUCUUCCAGACUCAGACAUAUUUGCACUUGAUAGGGCCAGCAAAGGAAGAAAAACAAUAGUGCUGUUGCCAUUAGUGGCGCCGACCCCCCGGUUGCAGUCACGACCACGAACAAGCGACCGGCCGAGACGGACCUAGAGGAUAUGGACGGCCCUACGGGAAAAGUCAACGAGUUGGCCAGCGGACUUUUGCAAAAGAUCCGAAUCUCGAUGGGGUAUGUUAUUUCACGGGAAUACGUCGCUCAAAUUGACAGAUUCGAGCACCUUUUCGCGAAGACAGAGCAACACGACCUUGCGGAUUCGAGCUUCCAAGGCACAAGCGCGCCACUGUUCCUCACCAACGGCAAUGAGGAAGCCUUCGGCAUCCAUCGCACCAAACGCAUCGGCGACGACAUCGAAGCACUUUACUCGCUGUACAAAAUCGUGCUGAAUUAUGCCCGGUAAAGCACAUUGUCCAAAAUCAUUUUCAUACGAAACGCAGGAGCGUAGGCGGAAAGAGUGCAUAAUCAUUCUAGCGCAACAUGGUGUUCGCUCCGCAUGAGGUAGAGGCACCAGACUUUCAUACAACCGAAAAAGGAAGAGCAAGAGAUCGACUUGGGUUUUCCAUGUACACUUCUGCGAAAAGGUUAAGGUUUGGGGAUGAUUUGGAACAUGCAUAUGCUAGCUGUUACCAAUCAAGACUUAGCGGAAUGCGAGCUCUACCGUGCCGCGUUUAUGGUGCAACCGUUUCUGCGUUUUAUCUUACGAUAGUAAAGUGAAGUAGUUAUGGCCCUCGAAAAACUGGUCUACCAGAUUGGAAAAUGCAUUGAUUUGCAUUGCAUGUCCGACCGCAUCGUGCGCGGGACCUGAAGUUUUAAGAUCAUUGAACCGGUACAGAUUGAUUGGUGACCAGUCUCAACAACUGUAGAGGCCUUUCUCUCUCGUUCGAACUAUUGGCCAUUGCAACCUUCUCGUCUGAAUACGUUCGUGAUGAACACUACGAGCCAACACUCUUUGUGGGGGAUUCGCGAAGGUGCGCUAUCUGCGGGCAAUGGCGCUCUAAGACGGAGGAGAUCAACGGGUAUUUUUGGCUUUUCGAAAAAUAAAGUUUUUAAGCAAAGAACAUUUUUUGGCUACGUCGCCGCUUUUUACCUCCGCGCAAGCAUGUCUCGGACAGCACGGCUGACAACCCUGCACCCCAGAAUUUCUAAGUAUGGUAGCUGCAAUGUACUUAUAUACAGCUGUGGAAAAAAAUUCGAAAAAGGUAUAGAGUGUGUCCCUACGCUCCUGGCUGCGGAUCAUGUCAUUUUCUCGCGGAGAAGCUCCGAGAAAGGACGGAAGCAAGGCAAGUUGGGAGAAACCCUACGUCGACAAAGCGCGGAACCCAGGACCUCAUUCUUGAAACGGAGGUGAACGUGAAACCAUGCCGGCAGGUCCAUGUGCUCAUUGUGACGACCAAGAAACGGAGAAACGUGCGCUACGUGGCCAAGGGAUACAUCGUCCAAGAGAGCGGGCGCGACACGGUCGUCUUGUCCGGGAAGGAUGCGCGCGACGGCUUGUUGUCGAGCGAGCAGCAGAAGGCGGGGACGAAGCAAGCCGGCCCCCUGUCCGCUGCAGCGCCUGGCGACACAAAACAGUGCGGCGAGGGGAAAGGAGCAAGUUCGAGUGAGAAAGACACGAGGACCGGGAGCAUGAAAGUGCAAGGUGAUGGUGCACCGCAGGCGAAUCCCGGAAAUGCGCCCCUUGCUGGCCUCGACGGGCAGGGCGUCUUUGUCGACGGUAAGAACCAGCAGAAAAAAAGGCCGAUCCAGGUUAACGAGGACGAAGAGGCUGCACUGUUGCAACACGAAGCCCAAAUGUUGCACGACCUGAACAAGGAUGACGACAGCGCCCUCGUUGUAGCACUCGCUUACAAGCAAGCGCACCACAGGGACCGGGACGGCGAGCGAGUGCAGGGAGUGACGGCGAACGAACGCCUCGCGUCAUUCCGGAUUAACGGCAAGCUGUACACAGGGCUGUUGAUGGAACACGCAGGCGAAACGAUCGAAAAAUAUGUGCUGAACCACCAGGAGGAUGAGUUCGGGUUCGAGAAGCUCGCGCCCAUUCUGUUGGCGAUAGGGCGCGCAGUGAAACACGUCUGGAAAAAUGGUGUAGUCCAUAAUGACUUUCGUCAGCCGAACGCCUGCUAUGACGAAAAGGACAAAGUGACCAUCAUUGACUUGGAACACUCGAAGCGAAUCGUCAACAUCACCCAAACCGACGACGCUGCGUUUUUCCGGCGUGUUUUUUGUGGAGGAGCGGCGCCCGUGCUGUACUCAAAGGCGCUCUGCACAACGGCAGUCCCGCGAGCACUACCGUACACGAAAAAAUCCGCUCAAACCAUCCCAGUCACCUUUCCCUAUGUCAGCCCCAGCCUCUGUUUUGCUUUCAGCAAACUUGGCACAGGCGGCAUCACAGUCGAUCUGUUCCACCAAGAUCUUUACCAGUUCGCCAUCAUGCUGUACAACGUCACUAAAGGUUUGUGGCGUGACGUAUCCGAUGCGUCCGCGGGGAACGCAUGUGGCCGCUUCUGCGCUGCCUUACCGCACGUUAGCGAGUGCCUCGUCGGUCCCAGCUCUGGCGAACAGCCCUUGUCGCCCCAGGAGAAGUGCAAGCAGCUGCUUCACCGCUUUCAAACGGACAUGCAGAGCGUACGCGAUGCCCUGUGUCCACUUGUAGCGGGUGCGCUAGGCGAGGAUGCGGCGGAAUAUUUACGAACCCAAGUCCUUGUGGAUCCGGAGCUGGCUUUCAUAGCACAGCAGCCACCUGCGCUCCUAGUCCGACCGGAGAGACUGAACGACGAUCGGUUAGCGCCGCUUGAGGUGCCAUAGGCACGGGCUGUUGUUUUAUGUUGCAAAAUGCAAGUUCAGUAUGCUUCGCUUAUUGUACUCGGAAUUUUUUGCUUUCCUGUUAUAUUGAUUUCUUGCUGAGGAAUUACGAAUAUGACCGACCGGACCCGCAGAAUCUGAAAAAAUACACACAUGGCAGAAAUAGUGUUUACCUCGAGGUCUUCGAAGAUGAUACGUCCCUCCCUCUCUGUCGCAUACAAUGUGAUUAGUGCGGAGCUGGAAAAUGCGAACGACCUUCCGUGUCCAACGGUCAACACAGAUGUUUAAGAGCACUUCAGCGCAACCAACCACAAACCAACAUAUCUACUUGUACUCAGCAUCGUUAUUGGGUGUCAUGCUGCUACUGGAGUAGAAGUAGGGUAUGAAUAUGAAAGAUAAUACUGCCGUGAC